UGGAUAUAUUAACACAGGUUAAAAAUGAAUUAUCAAACUACGGAACGUAUUAAGGAAUCUUUGGUUUCCUCCAAUCCCCGUGGUGCCUCUGGAAGCGACUUUUUAAGUGUUCGAGGUCCUAAUUCUAAAGACGAGUCAGAUCUUCUUAGUGAAGUUAAUAUUAAAGACGACAGCGAAUCACUUGCGGAAGCCUCGUUUGCAGGGGACGAUGAUGAAAAUAUAAAGGAACCAUGUGCAGUUUGUUUUACCAAUCGUAAUUUUUCAAAGAAAGCUACUCAUUUUUGUAAUGAUUGUGGACUUUUGGGACAUUUUCUGUGCGAACAGUGUUUGGGCUUUCACAAGAAGUUUACCAACCACAAGUCUGUUAAAUCAUUCGCCGCAGCAAAAUACAAGAGAGGUACACCAUCCAGUAAAAGGAACCCAAAAGAAAAGGACACAGAGGAGCUACAAAAUGAGAUAGACAAAUUGAAGGAAAGGAUAGUUAUAUAUCGUAAUAAACUAGACCCGUACGUAUUAUAA